AUGGCCGAAGCUAAAGCUGUUGAUGGUGGUAAGAAAAAACAGUUGAAGAAAUUCAAAGAGGGAAAAGGUGGAAUGAGGAAAUUGGCAGCAAUUGGGGCAGCUUUGGUGGUGGUGGUAGCCAUCGCUAUAACGUACAAUCAUGCUCAAAUUCACAAGUCUUGCCAUUGUUCUCAGGAUGCUCGUAAGUAUACUGGCAUUGUUGAGGACUGCUGCUGUGAUUAUGAGACGGUGGAUGGUGUUAAUGGGGCUGUACUGUACCCUUUACUUCAAGAUCUUGUUCGAACUCCAUUUUUUCGAUACUUUAAGGUUAAGUUGCGGUGUGACUGUCCCUUUUGGCCUGAUGAUGGCAUGUGCAAGUUGCGUGAUUGCAGUGUAUGUGAAUGUCCAGAAAAUGAAUUUCCCGAACCUUUCAAGCGGCCAAUUCAGUAUGGUUUGCCAUCUGAUGACUUAAAAUGCCAAGAGGGAAAACCACAGGCUGCCGUUAAUCGUACUCUGGAUUCAAAGGCCUUUAGGGGCGGCUGGAUAGAAGUGGAUAAUCCUUGGACCCUUGAUGACAUGACUGAUAACAGUGAGAUGACAUAUGUUAAUCUGCAACUGAAUCCCGAACGGUAUACUGGCUAUACCGGGCCAUCAGCUACAAGGAUAUGGGAUGCUAUAUAUUCAGAAAAUUGUCCAAAAUAUCCAUCAGGAGAGAUUUGUCAGGAGAAAAAAGUUCUGUACAAGUUAAUUUCAGGUCUUCACUCCUCAAUUUCAAUUCACAUUGCUGCUGAUUACCUGGUUGAUAAAGCUAGAAAUCUGUGGGGUAGAAAUUUGGAUCUGAUGUACGACCGUGUUUUGAAGUAUCCCGAUCGUGUGAGAAACUUAUACUUCACGUUCAUGUUUGUUCUCCGAGCUGUGACAAAAGCUACAAAUUACUUGGAACAUGCUGAAUAUGAUACCGGUAACCUUGAGGAGGACCUGAAAGCACAGUCUUUAAUGCGUCAGCUACUUUACAACCCAAAACUGCAGGCUGCAUGUCCACUUCCGUUUGAUGAAGCUAAAUUGUGGCAAGGACAAAGUGGGCCGGAGUUGAAGCUCGAGAUUCAAAAGAACUUCAGGAACAUCAGCGGUCUGAUGAAUUGUGUUGGAUGCGAGAAAUGUCGUCUUUGGGGUAAACUUCAGGUCCUUGGUCUUGGAAGUGCCCUGAAGAUUCUGUUCUCCGUUGAUAGUAAAAACCAUCCACAUAAACCACUGCAGCUGCAGCUGCAAAGAAAUGAAGAGAUUGCUUUAGUGAACCUUCUUCAUCGACUCUCAGAAUCUGUUAAACUUGUCAAUGAAAUUGGUCCUUCAGUUGAGAAGACUAUGGAGGAGUUCACAUCUGAGCCUUCAACACAAGAAAUUAGUUUACUAGAAAGAGCGCGGUUGGCAGUAGGAAGGAUUUGGUUGAUCCUUCCACUGUAGCUGGCCAUUGCUUUAUGAAUUUUGGAAGUCCUUGUAGAGCAUUUAUACAUAACACCGAGGAAUACUAUACUAUUAAAAAUGACUAGACAUCAGAGUAACUUUCUUAUUGCCCCAUGUAACAUUACUUAGGAUCAUAUUUCUUGUUUUUCCAUAGUGUUUUGUUGCCCUAAAUUGGGGAGUACUAGUAUGUUUUGUAAUGAACAGAGUAAACAACGAUUUAAAUCGUUCACAAAAACAAAUUGUGUCUUUGCCAUUUAA